AUGUCACUAUCUGUAUUCAUGGAUCUGGCAAAGAUAGCAGCAAUUGGAAAGUCGUCGCUCGCGCUCAAAGCGGCGGCGAUAGCCUUCAUGCCCAUCACAACUGUGGCGCUAUGGCUCCGUAUCUACGUAAGAGUAUUCAUCGUCAAGGGAUUCGGACUUGAUGACAUGUGUUUGAUUGUCGCACAUGUCAUGUUCUUAACAUUUUGUGUGAUGGCGAUACAGUUGAUUGGUCUUGAGCAUGAUCCAUCAACGAUCGCAGCUGUCACCACAGGAAGUUUUCAGGAUGCGAUUGAGGUGAUAGAGAAAAUCUACACAAGCUCAGUCUUGUUCACAAUCUUCUACGUCUUCUCCAUCAUCUUUGUCAAGAUCUCGCUCGCCUUUUUCUAUCUUCGCAUCAUCGUCGCAAGAUGGCAGAGAAUUGUCAUCUACCUUACGGUAACGACGAUGACUCUGUAUGGCCUUACAUAUUCAUUCACAUACCUUUUUCGUUGUGGCUCGGACAUACAUCACCAACUUGUCUACAGAGCAGCAGGGAAAUGCCUCCCGGAUCACACAUUGUUGAUCAUGACAUAUGCUUUUGGAGCCCUGGACGCGUUGACUGACUUCAUCUACGCCUUCCUCCCAAUCUACGUGUUGUGGAAUUCAAAUAUGCCAAUUGGCAUGAAGUUUACAGCAGGCUUCCUACUCUGCAUCGGAUCUGUCAGCUCCAUUUGCGCUCUGAUCCGCGUUGCGACACUUUCAAAUCUCAAACUGGACAUUGACUUUUUCAAGCAAGCGGUGCAGACGGGGCUGUGGAGUAUCAUCGAGCCUGGUCUUGCGAUUGUGGCUACAUCACUGGCAGCUUGCAGACCACUCUGGAGAAAAGUGUUCGAGGAUACCAGCACCGGCUCUUUCAUCAAGAAUACUUUCAUGUUCCGAUGGUCUGGAUCAAAGAAAAACGGUGUAUCAUCGAGCAGCAGUCGCUCUACCGAGAAGCCUGUCAACAGACCAAAUGGUCUUGGAUUCGUCGAACGAGUGGAGGCGAAUAAAGGGUUCAAGAAAUUCAACGAUGAUGAGUACGGCGUGUCCACAGCAAGUGUCGCAGUCGGUGACGAACGAGAAGUGCUGGAGCUGCAAGAUUUGGGCAGAUUGGAAGCGCAAGAAGAUUUCCAUGAUGGAGAUGAGAGCGACAGGAAGUCGUUGGUCAGGGCGUCGAUGACACCGAGUGAAGGACGAAGCAGGUCAAAGAUCUUCAAGACGAGGGAUGUUCGAGUGGAAGUGAGAAAUGCUCCAUGA